GGCCAAUUGUCUCCGAAGCCCAGGAUCUUGGACUCCCCUUCAAGCUCCGUGUCUUCCGGUCUGGACGCUCCCUAGGCCCUGCCGCAUCUUCUGUCCCCCUGUGACCUGCAGGUGCCUGGGCAGCCGUCAGCGAGGCCGCGGGCCACCACCGAAGCCUGGAGAUGGAACUGGUGACCUUCAAGGAUGUGGCCAUUGAUUUCUCUAGAGAAGAGUGGGAGUGUCUGAACUCUGCACAAAAGAAUCUGUAUAAGGAUGUGAUGUUAGAGAACUACAGAAACCUGGUCUCCCUGGGUCUUGCUGUCUCUAAGCCAUACCUUGUUACAUGUCUGGAGCAAAGGAAAGAGCCCUGGAAUGUGAAGAGACAAAAGACACUGGCCUUGAUUCCAGCUAUGCUUCCCCAUUAUAUCCAGAACUUUUCACCAGAGCAGAGCAUGAAACAUUCUUUCCAGGAGGUGCUCAUUGGAAGUCAUGGAUAUUGUAGCUUUGACAGUUUGUACCUAAGAGAACAAAGGGAAUGUGUAGAUGAGAGUGAAGGACAUAAAUCCUGUUAUGAUGGGCUUAACCAGCAUGUGACAACUAAUAGCAGAAAAUGUUUCACUGCCAAAGGAGAUCCAGAAGAUAAAAUGGCUCAGAUUAUGCCAAUUCCUUUUAAAGAGCAAUGUGAUUCUAUAAGUGAGCAUGCAAACCAAUUUUUGAAACAUAACUUUUCUCUCAGAGGAAAUUUGGGUAAUAUAAAACAGGGUCUAAUCCAUUCUUCAGUUAACUUCAACAAUUUCAAAGAUAGCUUUGGGGUAAGCUUGCAUUCAAACAUUUCUGGAGACAUGGAGCUUACAAAUGAAGAACAAAUUUCUAAAUGGGAUCAAUUUGAAAACUCAUUUAUGAAAACUUCAUCAUUCUGCAAUCCACAAAUAGGUCUUUCAUGUGUCAAAACACACAAUUUCAAUGAAUAUGAGAAGUGCUUUACACAUCCAUUAUUGCUUAAUCAAAAUUCAAAUACUGAUAUUUUGGAAAUCCAGUAUAUAUGUAAAGAAGAUAGGAAAGCCACUAAUGAGCAAUCUUCCUUAAAUCAUCACCAGAGCAUUUAUCUUGGAGACACAGCAUAUCAGUAUGAUGAAAAUCAUAGCAACUUUCACCAUGAGUCAAGUCCUGCAAACCAGUGUACCCAUUUUCCAAAGAACCUUUACAAGUGUUACAAAUGUGGGAAAGUCUUUCAUCUAUGCUCAGAACUUAUUAUUCAUCAGUGUAUCUUUACUCAAGAUAACAAUAUUAUAGAUUGCAACACAGCUUUGAAUCAAAGCUCAAAGCUUACUAAAUCUCCAAAUUAUACUGGAGAAAAGCCCUACAAAUGUAAAGAAUGUGGCAAAGCCUUUGCCUAUUGUUCAAGCCUUAGACAGCAUCAUGUAAUUCAUACCGGAGAGAAACACUACAAAUGUAAGGAAUGUGGAAAAGCCUUUUACCAUAAGUCACUUCUUACUCAACAUCAGAGCAUUCAUGCUGGAAAGAAACCCUAUCUUUGUAAAGACUGUGGCAAAGCUUUUAAUCAAAGAUCAAGUCUUACUCAACACCAGAGAAUUCAUACCGGAGAGAGGCCCUACCAUUGUAAAGUAUGUGGCAAAGCGUUUCAUCAGAGUUCAGGCCUUACCCUGCACCAGAGAGUUCAUACAGGAGAACGGCCCUACAAGUGCAAAGACUGUGGCAAAGCCUUCAACCGUAAUUCACUUCUUACUCAACACCAAAGGAUUCAUACUGGAGAAAAACCCUACCACUGUAAAGACUGUGGCAAAGCUUUUAAUAAAAGAUCAAGCCUUACUCAGCACGAGCGUGUUCAUACUGGAGAGAAACCCUACUGCUGUAUAGACUGUGGCAAAGCUUUUAAUCAAAGCUCAAGCCUUACACAACACCAGAGAAUUCAUACUGGAGAGAAGAAGAGCAAAUGCAAAGAAUGUGGAAAAGCCUUUAACCGAAAUUUUCUCCUCACUCAACACCAGAAAAUUCAUACUGGAGAGAAGGCUUAUCAUUGUAAAGAGUGUGGUAAAGCUUUUAAUCAAAGAUCAAGCCUUACUCAACACCAGAGAGUUCAUACAGGAGACAAGCCCUAUCAUUGUAAACAUUGUAACAAAGCCUUUAGUCAAAUGUCAAGCUGUACACGACAUCAGAGAAUUCAUACUGGAGAGAAGCACUAUGAAUGUAAAGAAUGUGGCAAAGCCUUCAACCGUAAUUUACUUCUUAUUCAACACCAGAGAAUUCAUACUGGAGAGAAGCCCUACCAUUGUGAAGAUUGUGGCAAAGCUUUUAAUCAAAGGUCAAGUCUUACUCAACACCAGCGUGUUCAUACUGGAGACAAGCCCUACCAUUGUAAACAUUGUGACAAGGCUUUCAGUCAGAUAUCAAGCUGUACACGACAUGAGAGAAUUCAUAUUGGAGAGAAGCAUUAUGAAUGUCAGGAAUUUGACAAAGCUUUUAACUAUAACUCACACCUUGCUGAAGACCAGCUAACAUCAGUAGGCAACUGCUUCCAAGACUCAAAAUUUCUCCAGUAUAUAUGAGUUUAUUAUUCUUUUAAGGCCUUCUAGAUUUAUAUCUAGCAGGAUGAAUAUGUUUGGUUAUAAAAAAGGGAGUCUUUUCAAUAACUUGCUGGAUUCCCAGUGAUUCACAUUUUUGAUUAUUUUUCCAGUUAGUUUCCUGUGUUGAUUGACUGGUAUGUUCUCAACUAUGUUUUGAAAACACUGGUCAGAAUGACAAGACCAGUGUAUACUAGAACAUGUAUACUAGGAAUCACACUGGAGGAGCCUUUGGAUAGCUACUUUCCAUAAUCACUCUAUGUCUUCCAGUCUUCAAUUUUGCAGCACAGACAUUGGUUUCCCCUUCAGUAAUGCAUGCAAUAUGAGUCUGCUACCAUUUCUUCAGCACAAUUAGCCAAUAUUUUUUUCUAUGGAAAUAACUCCAAUAAACACUUACUGAAAUAUUUCAUAUUUCAGCAUACAUUCUGUUUUCAGACAUGAAACUGUUUGAGGGACCAUGGAGCCUAGAUGACAAAAGAAUUCAAGUGCAUGUGGAAUUGGUUUGAGAAUCCAGGAUCUUGAUUUCUGCCUUCACUGCUUAAAUGACUGCAUAUAUUCAGCUGGUACUUGCUGUAUCCACACUUCUAUCGCCUGACUCUAUAAUAUUGGAUAUUUCUGGGUUUCCCAGAACAGCCUUUAUGGGGUAGAACUCUGCUGUUUUACCAUUUGCCAUGCUUGUUAUAGCAACAACAAAUACGGUUAUAUAGACCAUUUAGAAUAGUUGUGUAAUGCUGGUCAUGUCCUUGUGAUUUAGACAUGAUAUAGUUUAAAAAUGAGAAUACACAAAACACCUAGGGAAAUCCUUCUUGCAUGAUAGAGCUCAUAGACUUUUACUGCUGAAGGCCUGUUUUGGGUGGUUAUUUACAGUUAUUGAUUAGUGACAUGUGCAACUGAUGUAAGGCUGUGUCAUAGACUUCUGGUGGUUAAUGUGUAGAAUCUGUAAAGGCAGACAAACACUGGCACCAGACUUUCACUUGGAGGUACUACAGCCUCAUUGGAUGCAAUAUCAGAAGAGAGAACAGCUAUUACUAGUAAGAGAUAAAUAAGAGAUAAAUCAGGACCCACAGAUAUCCAGAGCCAUGCUACUAUUUUUAUUUACCUGUAAACUAUAUAGUAGAGUGUUUCCCUCCAGAGUUAGCUUCUCAGAGCUAGAUUCUAUCCCAUAUGGGUUUUCAGUUACCUGCUUCACCACAGCCAUUUCAUUCUGUGUUACACAGAGUCAACCUGUGGCUCUCCUGCCUGAAACAUUAUUUUGGCAUUAGUCCAAGAUCACUGAGGACUGUCUCAUUGGCACCUAAGAGCCUGUUAAAUAUUUGGGGAUGUUCUUGUAGACUUCAGUCCAUAUGCCUGGCUUCCAUCUCAUAGGAAGAAGAUUGAGUGGUUCAGAGUUACACUCUUCACAGCAGGAAUCUUGGUUAAUCCCCAAGUAGUGUUGUUCCAGUUUACUGGUACUCAAGUGAAUAAUAUGUACCCCUCUAAAGACAUAAAAUAUUAGAUAACUCUAUCCCAUAGCUCCCCCCCCCACACACACACAUACAAGUAUACAACAGGAAUCAGUCAUGGUUAGAAAUGUCUAGGAAUUUUCAAUAUAAAAUGAGGUGAACAAAUGGUGAAAAUUAAUAUGAUUUCGUCAGUACAAGGAAAGGAAGGAGUGACAAGUUUGAAUUCAUUGGGGAAAGUUCCCAUUAAUUAAUGACUCAUGAGUUCUGAUGCCAUUCUCAGAAAGGACAUUUUUAUUUCUACUAUUUUAUUGCUUAUCUUGUUUAAAGAUUUAGAUUCUAAUAGGAAAUUAGACUAAGCCAUUUUAUCUGUACUCUAUAAGUAUAAAGUUUGUAUUUCAAGUGUUAAGUUCAGACAAGAGUAAGUGCUCAUCUACCCAGAUGCUCAGAAAAGGUUCUGAGGCCUUGAGCCAAGUGUAGCCCAACCAGCAGUCUCCCCUCACAAAAUAAGUAAUAGGACAGAAAUUUUACUGGAUACUCCUGACUCCAGAGCUAUUAUAAUUUUUCAAGCCUAAAAGAAGAUAUAUUGGAACCAGUGUCUGUAGGUUGGUGCCUUGUACUUUUUGUGUAUAAUUAAAACCUGUUCUUCCAAGGCCGGGCAUGGUGGCACACGCCUUUAAUCCCAGCACUCGGGAGGCUGAGGUAGGAGGAUCUCUGUGAGUUCGAAACCACUCUGAGACUACAUAAUCAGCCUGGGCUACAGUGAGACCCUACCUCGAAAAACCAAAACAUAAAAAAAAAGAAAAAACUGUCCUUCCAAAAGUGUACUAUCAAACACUGUUUUCCAUUCCUAUAGGUGUACCAGCUCCAGAUAUAUAAUGGCAAAUAUAAACAAUAAAGUUUCCUGUGAAUUAC